AUGACGUCACGGAAAAAAGAAGUCACAUCGCAACAAAAAAAAGCGCCGCCCGAGGUGACGGAGCGGCGAUGAAUAAUCGCGGGAAUCGACUCCGACUCCGUCCCCGCCGCAGCAGCAGCAGCUGAUGACGACGGACAUGGCCCUGUCGCAGCGCGGCAGCAAGGCCGGCGUGCGCGACAAAGUGACGGAGUACGAAGCGUUCAUCAACGAAGUGCUGAAGAGAGACCUGCAGAAAGUGUUGGAGGAAAGAGAUAAGAUUUAUGAGAAAACGGCGCAGUAUCUGCAGCUCAAGCAUGUCAUCGAACGACUACAGGAGACAGGGUGCCCAGGGGAAGAGCUGAAGACACAGGUUGACCUUGGUUGCAACUUCUACGUCAACGCUAAAGUGCCAGAUGCAAGUCACAUAUUUGUAUCUGUGGGCUAUGGAUUUUUUGUGGAAUUCACGCUCCCGGAAGCGCUUAAGUUCAUUGACAAGAAAACCACGCAGAUGAACGAGUACAGUGAAAAGCUCACCAAGGAUUCAGCCAAAAUCAAGGCGAACAUCAAGAUGGUUUUGGAGGGCUUGCGAGAACUGCAGGGACUUAAGGAGUUGCCAGUGGAGAGGACGAGAGAAGUCUGGUGAUUGGACCUGCACUGCUUUGGGAUCAGCUGGGAAUCAUUUCAUUGCGUUCCCAUUGCUUGUUUAUUACAGGGAUAGCUCCAUAGAGCUGAGUGCCACUCAUAUUCAGCGAGCCCUUGUACUUUAUUGACAUCACAGCUUUAAUUAGUGUUUUUACUGUAGCUAUGGUCCUCCAGUUUCAUGUCUGUAUUUCAUUAUAAAUGCAAUCCACAUGCUUUUCUUUUAUGUCCUUACACAUUUGCAAUGGGGAGGUGUUCUGGUUUAAAGUAACUGCCACUCCGAUUUGGUUUGUGAGGAUGUACAUAACUCUGUGUAACGAUUUAAUGUCACGGUAUUUAUUUUGGGAAUUAAAUCGAUUUCAAGUUUC